AUUACACUCGCCGACUCGCAGCGAAGCGUUUUUAAAGCUUUACGCUACUUCUCCACAGGAGGGUUUCAAACAGAGAGAAGAACUCCCGAUCAAAGAAUUCUGGUUAGAUCCCAGGUUUUCGCCGCAUCAAAUACGGAUGCACAAUGUCCAGCGGCUGCACCAGUUGCCGCAGCAAGUCCCUCGUCCGCGACGACAUCACGGGGAGCCUGGUAUGUUCCGCUUGCGGCCUCGUCCAGGAGUUCGACAACUUCGAUGCCCAGCUCGGUGGCCUCAAUGGCCCCCAAGGCACCUUCGUUCGCGUCGGCACCGCAGGUACGGGCACCCUUAAAAAUUACAAGGAAACGAAAGUCUACGCGGCCCAAACCCUAAUCGAAAACAUCACGUUUAGCAUAGGUUUGUCUAGUUCCAAAUCCAACGACGUCAAAACAAUGAUUGCCACGAUCACUGAGAACGAAUUCGGCCAAGGCGAUUGGUUCCCUAUUCUAAUCGGCGCUUGCGCCUAUGUCGUGAUGCGGAAAGAUAACAAAUUGUUACCGAUUGCCGAGGUGGCGUCGAUUAUUGGUUGUGAUAUUUUUGAAUUAGGUAGAAUGGUUUCGCGUGUGGUCGAUUUCUUGGACCUGAAAGGGCCCGAGGAGUUUCCGGAAUUCGACAUCGUGGCCUCUUUCGAGCGGACAGUGAGGAAUAGCCCGAGGUUUACGGGAGUGGGGAGGGAUAAGGUGGCAACAAUGCUCAAGCAGGGGAUAUUUCUCAUUCAGUGUGCUGUGAAGUGGUUCUUAACGACAGGGCGGAGGCCGCUUCCAGUGGUGGCUGCAGUGCUGGUUCUCGUGGCAGAGUUGAAUGGGGUGGAUGUGCGGAUUGAUGAUGUGGCCAAGGAGGUUCACGCCACGGUUUCAACGUGUAGGUUGAGGUAUAGGGAACUUUUGGAGUCACUAGUGAAGGUGGCCCAAGUGUUGCCUUGGGGGAAGGAUGUCACGCUCAAGAACGUGGUUAAGAAUGCACCUUUUGUGAUUCAAUACAUGGAGAGGAAAUCAAUGGAGAAGCCUGUUGAGACGAGGAAGACAAAGGGAGUAGAAGGUGUUGGUGUUGAUUUGAGAGAUGUGGUUAGCCAAUGUUUAAGGAAAGAUGUCGAAUAUGGGACUGAUCUGAGAAGUGUGGAGAAUGACUCUCAGUAUUUUGAAGUUGAAAAGAAUAGUGGAUAUGCUAGAUCCAGGGAUGAUGAUUUAGAGAGGAUGAAUAUUUCGCAUGAAUGUUUGUCCCUGAUGUACACGGAGUUUUUAAAUGAGACGAGUCAUACAAAGUCCAUUGAAGGGGAUGUUGAGGUUCGGACAAAGAAAACGAGGAGAGGGUUUGAGCCUCGUCCGUGUAGGGAUUGGUGGAAUGGAAAAUCAGAGCUGACCAAAAAGCUUUUACUCAAGCAAAUAUUGGAGAAAGAUGUAGGUUUGGAUGCUCUUCCCCCAUCCUUUGUUAGUGGUUGCAGGGCUUAUAAGAGGAGGAAAAAAAGAAUUGAUGCUGCUAAAUGGAGAGUUAAUAGAGUUUUGCAUCCAUCAAGAACUGAUUUAGUUGACAGCGGUGAUAUAUACUCUUCGGAAGAUGUAGAUGAUGGGAAGAGGAGAAAGCGAAGAAGAAUAUAUGAUAUUGAUUGGGAAGAUUUUAUUAUUGAAACUCUCCUUCUGCAUGGAGUGAAUGAGGAGGAAAUUGAGAAGGGGCAUUACAAUACCUUGCUUGACCUACAUGUUUUUAACGGUGGAAUUGUGCCACAGAUUCCAUCAAGGAAGGAAUAGUAGUUGGAAUGUACUUGCUCGCCUUUGCAACUUCGUGAUCAAAGAGGUGGUUUUCAGCGGAUCUUUUGUUCGAACUGCUGCUGCUGGAAGAAACUAAAUACUUUUUGUAGUAUUACAUUUUGUAAAUGCAUAUUCAUUUACGGAUAAUUUUCCCCCCCGAGCUGUGUUUAUAUGUACACGUUCUCCCAAUGUGUCCAUUUUUGGGCUUGAAGGUCCUUUUUUUUUUUCUCGUUAAAUUUCCUCUUUUGGUUUUUUUUGUUUUCUCAAAUAUUUUUCCAUCCUGUCGCAUCUCUUUAUCAACGAUGUAACUAUAUGUUUUUGGACUGGACAAUGGUAAUAUACUAAUUUAUGUGAGGGCUUUAUUCCUUAGUCUUGUUUA